UCUCUCCAAACAAGUUCUCUUCGCCUCACUUCUCUUCCUUAUUUUCCACAAUCCAGGUUUCAGUCCUUGACUUCUUCCCCUCCACCCGCACCCUGAGUCUCCCAACUCCUUCUGGUUACCUCGGUCCUGACUCUGGACUCUUCCUGGGCAGCUCACAUUCUGCAGCGGAUUGGAAGCAGAUCCUCCCAGGGAAAAAGCCAGAUGGAGAAUGAGAACCCAGGGUCCCCCAGGGGGGCUGGAUGAGACCCCCAGGGACUGGACCCCCCGAGCCCUCCUUUCCUGCCUCCACCCACUCCAGGGGACACCCUUCUGAACAGUGUCUGUGUGAAUAGCAAAGGAAGGAAGAGCUCACCCCAGCUGGGCUCCUGAGCCAGGGCCAGGGCUCCUGUGAAACCCGCCGCGUGCGCUCCGCUCUGAGCUGGGCCAUCCUGCAUGCUUAAUGGGCUAUUUAAGGAGUUGUUCGCCAGCAACCCAGGCAACCCCCCCCUCCCCACGUACACCCGUCCAGAGCCACCUUAAAAGCAGGAGGCAGUUGUGAAGUCGCUGGCCAGCAAGUGGAGUGAAGACUGCAGAAGGAGAUAAAAAAGAAAGAGGGCAGCAAGAGAUUUGUCCUGGACACCCAGAAACUCACGGUCCCCCACUGAAAACCAAAUCCCCUGGAAGCCUGCAGAGACCCAAAGACAGCACGAGAAACAGAGAUAAAUACACUCAGCAUCAGGAAACUCCUCUUCUCUCUCUCUCUCUUUCCCUCUCUCUCUCACCUCCCAGCCCCCUCCCUACCCUAGUCCUCUGGUCUCCAAACUCCUAGUACCUUGUGCUCCCUCCGGAAAUACCAUGUUGGUCUUCAUCCUCCUGCUAAAGGUGAUGUGGAUCCUGGCUGCAGAAGAGGGUCAACACUGGACAUAUGAGGGCCCACACGGUCAAGACCAUUGGCCAGCCUCUUACCCUGAAUGUGGAAGCAAUGCCCAGUCCCCCAUCAAUAUCCAGACAGACAGUGUGACUUUUGACCCUGAGUUGCUACCUCUGCAACCCCAUGGAUAUGAACAGCCUGGCACCGAGCCUUUGGACCUGCACAAUAAUGGCCACACAGUGCAACUCUCGCUGCCUCCUACCCUACAUCUGGAAGGACUGCCCCGAAAAUAUGUAGCUGCCCAGCUCCACCUGCACUGGGGUCAGAAAGGAUCCCCAGGGGGCUCAGAGCACAAGAUCAACGGCGAAGCUAAUGCUGCAGAGCUCCACAUCGUACAUUAUGAUUCUGAGUCCUACGCUAGCUUGAGUGAGGCUGCUCAGCAGCCCCAAGGCCUGGCUGUCUUGGGCAUCCUCAUUGAGGUGGGCGAGACUGAAAACCCAGCUUAUGAACACAUUCUGAGUCACCUGCAUGAAAUCAGGCACAAAGAUCAGAGGACCUCAGUGCCCCCCUUCAAUGUGAGAGGGCUGCUCCCGCCACUGCUGGCGCAGUUCUUCCGUUACAAUGGCUCACUCACCACACCGCCCUGCUACCAGAGUGUGCUCUGGACAGUCUUCAAUCGAAGGGCCCAGAUUUCAAUGGGACAGCUGGAAAAGCUUCAGGAGGCAUUGUUCUCCACCGAAGAGGAGCCGUCUCAGCUCCUGGUACAGAACUACCGAGCCCCCCAGCCCCUCAACCAGCGAAUAGUCUUGGCUUCUUUCAUCCAAGUGGGAUCCUUGUACACCACAGGGGAAAUGCUGAGUCUGGGAGUGGGAAUCUUGGUUGGCUGCCUCUGCCUUCUGCUGGCUGUUUAUUUCAUCGCUAGAAAGAUUCGGAAGAAGAGACUGGGAAACCGGAAAAGUGUGGUGUUCACCUCAGCACGGGCCGCCGAGGCAUAGGCUCCCUCUCGGACACCAGAGAUGCCUUCCCCUCGCCUAUCAGGGAGCUUCUCAAGUGGGUGCAGGGACUGGCCCAAAAGCCCUGUAAUGGGCCAGCACUCCUCCUUCCUCCAGACAGCCCCUGCACGGAGGUACGGACAGGCUCUCUGAGGAAGAACAACAGAGCUUCCAGCCUCACAAAACAUGUAGAUAAGGAGAGCCCCAUGCUGACAGUGCAGAGGGCAAACUGUGUUUAGAUGUAGCAGAAGCUGGGCAUGUGGCCCAGGGUCCUCACCCCCUCUUCUUUAUCCCUCUGUCCCUAGAAACAGUGCAGGAUCUCCCCCUAGGAAAAAGGGAUGCUGCUAUCAUGCUGUGGUUUUUUGCUCAAUGUAUUUGGAAUUAAAGUUUCUGACCCCA